AUGGACUCUUUGUUUGUAGUCAUCACUCUCUCCUUACUUCUUUUGUUUGCUAACAAUGUCAAUGCAAGAAAAGAUUUGAGGGAACACAGCAGAGGUGUGAUUAAUGAUCAGCCUAUGCCAGAAGCAAUCCAAGGCCUUAUUCUCGGCUGCAAUACGGCCUCGUCGUCGAUCUCCGAUUCAAAAACCAACUGUGAUACAAAUGGAGAUCUUGAAAGCAAGAAGAAGAAAUUAUUUGUCAUGGACAUUGAACCAGGAAAUUAUGCGAUAUCUUACCGUGAUGAUGCAAAUCUUAAGGAAGAAGAUAAAUCAUUGCGAAAAGACAUUAACGCCAAUGAAGAUCUUGAAAGCAAGAAGAAGAAAUUAUUUGUCAUGGACAUUGAACCAGGAAAUUAUGCAAUAUCUUACCGCGAUGAUGCAAAUCCUAAGGAAGAAGAUAAAUCAUUGGGCAAGAACAUUGAUACAAAUGAAGAUCUUGAAAGCAAGAAUAAGAAAUUAUUUGUCAUGGACAUUGAACCAAGAAAUUAUGCAAUAUCUUACCGCGAUGAUGCAAAUCCUAAGGAAGAAGAUAAAUCACUGGGCAAGAACAUUGAUGCAAAUGAAGAUCUUGAAAGCAAGAAGAAGAAAUUAUUUGUCAUGGACAUUGAACCAAGAAAUUGUGCAAUAUCUUACCGCGAUGAUACAAAUCCUAAGGAAGAAGAUAAAUCACUGGGCAAGAAUAUUGAUGCAAAUGAAGAUCUUGAAAGCAAGAAGAAAAAAUUAUUUGUCAUGGACAUUGAACCAGGAAAUUAUGCAAUAUCUUAUAGCGAUGAUGCAAAUCUUAAGGAAGAAGAUAAAUCACUGGGCAAGGACAUUAAUGCAAAUGAAGAUCUUGAAAGCAAGAAGAAAAAAGUAUUUGUCAUGGACAUUGAACCAGGAAAUUAUGCAAUAUCUUACCGUGAUGAUGCAAAUUAA